GACAUUUUGUAUUUUCUGUUUCUGCCCAACCAAGCUGUGUUUAUUUGUACAGGAGGAGAAGAUCUGAUGGGGUGCUUCUCCUGCUGCAAACCCUCUACCUCUGAGGAUGAUCCUUUUGAAGCUGAAACUGAUAUCGUCAAACAGGUGUCAUCGUAUGAUGCUCACGUUGAAGAAGAUGAACAGCUUGCUUUGGUCCUUCAAGUAUCUAAACAAGAGGCUGAGGAUGAAAGAAGGCGCACCAGAGACUUAGAAAAAGAGCAUGCCCAGGAAAUAGGAGAAAGGCCGCAAAACUAUGACAACUCUUCUUCUUCUUCUUUGAAAGGCAAAAAAGAUGGACAGACCUCUGAGGAGACAGACAAAAGAAAACAGUUUGAAGAACAAGUGAAGCAGCAGGAUGAACAACUUGCUGUUCCUCCUCCUCCUCCUCCUCCUCCUCCUCUUCCACUUGAUGAACAUAGCAACAUUUCCUCUGAAGCUCUCUUGGAUGAAGAUGAUGAGCAGCGGGAGAGUUUGAAGGAGAAGGUUCAAACAAAGCCAUCUGAAGAUGACGAUGGAAAGCUAGUAGAGGUGAUUCCUCCUCCUAGCAUGUCAUGUGGUGGUUGUCACUUUGAGAUUGAUCUCGGAGGAGGAGGAUCUGUGGUGGAUGUCUUGGGUGUUCCUUGGCAUCGUGAAUGUUUCUCUUGUGGUGCUUGCCACAUACCAUUUGCUAUCGACGAGGUUCAAAACCAUGUUUCAAAUUUAAGAGGCAAGUUUCACAAGGCCUGCUAUGACCGGUACUGCUAUGUCUGCAAAGAUAAAAUGAAGAUGAGUUGCAAUUUCCAUCACUUCUGGGAGGGGAAAUACUGCCCUUCUCAUGAAACUGAUGGAACUUCCAAGUGUUUCAGUUGCGAGAGGCUAGAGCCUAGGGAAACGAAUUUCGUAAUGCUUGAUGAUGGAAGGUGGCUAUGUUUAGAAUGUUUGGACUCUGCUGUUAUGGAUACUUACCAAGUCCAGGCUUUGCACUUUGAAAUCCGUGAUUUCUUCGAUGGCUUAAACAUGAAGAUUCAUAAAGAGUUUCCUCUUCUUUUGGUGGAGAGACAAGCCCUGUAUCAAGCUGAGAAGGGAGAGAAUAUUGAUAAUCAGCAUGGUGUGGUAACCAGAGGUAUUUGCCUGUCUGAAGUGCAGAUUGUCACAAGUGUGUCAAAAGGGCCCGAGAAGGAGCCGAGCAAGCAGCCAUUAGGCCCCUUGGCCACGGAAUCUCAAACGCUUGUGAGUGGAUGCCCUGUCACUGCAAUUCUCAUCUUAUAUGGUCUUCCUAGGUUACUAACAGGAUCUAUCAUGGCUCACGAAAUGAUGCAUGCUUAUCUUAGACUCAAUGGAUUUAAUAAUUUGAACAAUGUUGUGGAAGAAGGACUAUGCCAAGUGCUGGGGCACAUGUGGCUGGAGACUCAGAGAUACGCCAAUGUUGAUGGUGAUGUUGCUGCAGCUUCUUCUUCUUCCCCAUCAAAUGAGGGAAAGAAAGGGGAGUCGCCUGAGUACGAGAAGAAGCUGGUUGAGUUUUGCAAGAAUCAGAUUGAGACAGAUGACUCACCAGUCUAUGGUGUGGGGUUUAGGAAAGUUAACGAUAUGGUGACAAAUUCCAGCCUCCAGGAAACCCUCAAAAAGAUUCUUGGCCGCAGCCGGGGUUGAAGAAGAAGAAGACUCUGAUCUCAGAUUCAAAGUUUUGAAUCAGCUCAUGUACGUACGAAACAUACCAUAUAUAUAUAUAUAUAUGCACGAUCUCAGAUUCAUUGUUAAAUAAAGCUUGUUUUUGUGUGUGUGUGUGUAAACAGUCUUUUUUCUUGGUUUUCCUGUAAAGUUGGAACAUUUCUGUUGGACCAUUUGUUUCUCCACUGGAAUAUUUGUUCUGCAGACAUCGCUCAAGUCUUACAAUCUCCAAGUUAAC